UGCUUGUGCUGAGGCUGAGGGAGCCGCCAUUUUGGAUGCUGAGCUUUAAGUGCCAAGUUCCUCUCACCCGUUUUCACGUCGGGAUUCAGCCAGAUUGUGAACUCUUUGAAGCUUUAGGGUGAGGUCUUACUUAACUGUGGUGGCUUAGCACAGUGCCUGAUAGAAGAGUGCUUAACAAACGUUUGGAGGAACAGCACAGCAUGCUGGGCUCUGGAUUUAAAGCUGAGCGUUUACGAGUCAAUUUGAGAUUAGUCAUAAACCGUCUUAAACUGUUGGAGAAAAAAAAAACGGAACUGGCCCAGAAAGCACGGAAAGAGAUUGCUGACUAUCUGGCUGCUGGGAAGGAUGAACGAGCUCGGAUCCGAGUGGAGCAUAUUAUCCGAGAAGACUACCUUGUGGAGGCCAUGGAAAUUCUGGAGCUGUAUUGUGAUCUGCUGCUGGCUCGGUUUGGUCUCAUCCAGUCUAUGAAGGAACUAGAUUCUGGUCUGGCUGAAUCUGUGUCUACACUGAUAUGGGCUGCUCCUCGGCUCCAGUCAGAAGUGGCUGAGUUGAAAAUAGUUGCUGAUCAGCUCUGUGCCAAGUAUAGCAAGGAAUACGGCAAGUUAUGUAGGACCAACCAGAUUGGAACUGUGAAUGACAGGCUAAUGCACAAACUCAGUGUGGAAGCCCCACCCAAAAUCCUGGUGGAGAGAUACCUGAUUGAAAUUGCUAAGAACUACAAUGUGCCCUAUGAGCCUGACUCUGUGGUUAUGGCAGAAGCUCCUCCUGGGGUAGAGACAGAUCUUAUUGAUGUUGGAUUCACAGAUGAUGUGAAGAAAGGGGGUCCUGGAAGAGGAGGAGGGGGUGGCUUCGCAACACCAGUUGGUGGACCUGAUGGAACAGUGCCUAUGCCCAUGCCCAUGCCCAUGCCCUCUCCCAGUACUCCUUUCUCCUACCCACUUCCAAAGGGACCAUCAGAUUUCAAUGGAUUGCCAGUGGGGACUUAUCAGGCUUUUCCCAAUAUUCAUCCACCUCAGAUACCAGCAACUCCCCCAUCGUAUGAAUCUGUUGAUGACAUUAAUGCUGAUAAGAAUGUCUCUUCUGCACAGAUUGUUGGUCCUGGGCCCAAGCCGGAAGCCUCUGCAAAGCCCCCUUCCCGACCUGUGGAUACCUACGACAACUUUGUACUACCGGAGUUGCCGUCUGUGCCAGACACACUACCAACUGCAUCUGCUGGUGCCAACACCUCAGCAUCUGAGGACAUUGACUUUGAUGAUCUUUCCCGGAGAUUUGAAGAGUUGAAAAAGAAAACCUAGUUCUCUUAAACCAGGCAACCUCCAGGCUCUGAGAUUUGAGACUGAGCUUUUUCUCCUUGUAACAAAGAAUCUCCAUGAAACUCGUUUUCAUCUCUUAACCAUCACUGAGCACACUCUUCCUUUGGGCUCUCUUCCUGCUCUAAAUUCUGCUGCUUUCCAGUUCUCUGUUGCUCCUAAGAGACUAAUUAUUAGAGACUGUGAGGCCAGAGCAGCUGACCCUGGGCAGCUGAGCUUGUCCAUCUCCUUUGAGUGUGAACCCAGGUUCUCCCAUCACCUGUUUUUCUGUCCCUCCACGGGGGAGUGGGAAGGUGAAAGCAUGAGACCUGCCAAAGAUGGCUGGACAUGGAGAAUACUUCUUGAAGUCUUUCAGCCCUGUGCUGAAGUUCUAGACUUAGGAAAAAACCCCUCUGUCCAGAGGGAUUUGUAGUGAGCAAGAAUCAAAGCAAAGGUGUGCUAUGAAUGGGAGAGACUGACUCUGGAAGCCCCUUUAACAGUUCUUGGAAGUUCGGUGCUCUCAUUGGCUUAUACACUACUUCUUGCUGCAGGGCACUAUUCUACCUGGAUCCAGUUGCAAAGUGUAUUGGGAAAGUUGAAGGCUUCUCUUGGAUCUACUGGAUUCUCAGGGAGCCCUCCGUGGCCUUUUGCUUUGAGUGCUGUGUUCCCCUUUUACCAGAGGGCAGCACUGCACAAAUUCCUGUUUUCCCCCAUGGCAUGUUCUGUUGGAUUGCAUUUACUGGCGAAUGAAGGACAGGUCACAUACUGGGCAGAAGUCACCAUUCAAGGCUAGGGUGGGCUUCCAGUUGCCUUAAUAGAAGUACUCAAGUCUCUUGGGUAGUGAGCUGGAAUGCCUACAGGGGAAGUGGAGUUCCUGUUUUCAUUUGAAAACUUUAUGAUUAAGAGAACCUUUAAAAACUGAUUUCAUAUAAGUUUUUGGUGCCCAUAAAAAACGUGGCUGCAGUUGUUGAUUACUUUCCUAGGUGGAUGAGACUCUUACUAUUGUAACUUAACGGUGUUCCUUUACCCCCUAGCUGAGGCCAUCCUUCCCCAGAGGGAUGGCUUUGGGAUCAGAAGAUAGGACUCUGGCUUCUGUAGUGUAAAUGUACACACCUGUUUCAAGCAACUUUAAUGUUUUUGAUUGGUUUGUAUCUCAUAGCUCAGUAGCUGAUAAUAAAGUUAAGAAUUCUGUGCCCUGCUUUUUCCACUGGUUUGGUCAAGUGAUGAGGUGCAAAUUUGGAUUUUAGUGGAGUGUUUUAAGCAGAUGACCCAUGCUAGGCACAAGCCAGACCUUACCUUUGGUUCCUUGGGUAAUGUGGAUGCCUGGAGCAGUGAGGAGUCCAUUUCUAUUUCUGUAUUUAAGCCCAGAUAGCCUUUGGGAGUUUGCUUCGUUAGUCCUCUGGGACAGGGCUCCCCAUUAGCCAAACCUCAUGCUUAUAUCUUUGAUUUUAAUAAGCUGCAGUGAGCUCACCUCUGACUCAUACAUAUUUCCCACAGCCAUGCUGAAUAUAUUGGUGGUCAGUGUUUCUUGCUGUUUGGCAGCACAGCUGGUUUAUCCUGUAUCACUCGUGUAGUGUUAACCCUUUCUUGACAGUGAUCCAUAAACCUAAGAACUUGCUGCCACGGGGAUUUUGAUUCCUCAGUGAUUUACAGAUUAAUGGUGUAUUAUAAACUGGUAAUUUUCUAAACUAUACCAUGCAAAGAUAAUCUUUUAAUUUUUAAAAGUAUUUGAGAGAGAAAGCACGAACAGAGGGAGAAGCAGGGAGCCCAACAUGGGGCUUGAUCCCAGGACCAUCGGGAUCAUGACUUGAGACACUUAACCGACUGAAUCACCCAGGUGCCCCAAAAUAGCUCAUCUUUUAAAGCCUUAGUGUUAACUGCCCACUGCUAUCAUGGCUGUUUGCUCACGUGUUCUGGUGUCACUGGAUUCCUAGCAAACUGGAGAGCUUCUGUAGCACCGUAUCAUAUGUCAGUGCAUCUUCUUUCAGAGUCUAUUCAAAGACAAAAGGAGAAAAGUGAGGGAAUCAAAGUUGAUGCUAAUGGUGGAGGGGAAGAGUGCCAAAAGAUUAAAAAACUCGUAUAAAUAG